AUGCUAGCUCGCCGCCUGAAACGCAGAAUAGAAGCUAAACAAAUACACAAAAUACGGACCCAAGCAGGACAAUUGAGCAACAACCCAGACAGAAUAGGAGAAACAUUCCACAGCUAUUUUGCGGCCCUUUACAACCAUUCCCCUACACCGAAGGGAACAGAGCAUACAGACGAAACGGCCAUGACCGACUUCGUCGACAAACUGAACCUCCCCACCUUGACCGAGACCGCCCGAGCCACACUAGCGGGAGAG